AUGCCAGAUUUUUUGUUACUUGGCGUACGUCAUUCAGCAGCCUUACACCUUUUCAAAUGCUCUGUCGUAACCGAGAUAGCAUCAGAAUGUGGCUAUGGCUGGCUUAAUAAUGUGGAAGCGUUGCCAAAGGAACUUCUUAUACCAUUUUUAGAGCACAGCUCCAGUGCCUUGGUGGAAAUUGUUGAAGAACCCAGGCUAGCUGACGCUGAACAGGUCAUACUUGGGGCACAAAGAUCAGCUGGUGCUUCUCUGUUGUUUGGAUGUCCUCCAAGACAGCUUAAAAACAGACAGCUAAUCUUAUCUUGCUCUGAGAGGCUAAGCAAUGAUGGGAGAAGUAAGGGGACCAAAGAAAAAGAAUAUUUCUUUCUCUUAAAGGAACAAUCUAUAAAUCGACCAGCUAAUCCUUCGCCUGUCUUCACGGUUGCCACUUUGAUUGAGCCUCAGUUUGUCUUGCUAGAACCUGAAAUCCACCGAGUCCUAUGUGUCAGAUCAGAAUCUGUUUUCCCAGUGAACAAAAUACUGAAUUUGAAUUACAACCAGACAUAUCACAAUAACUUUUGUCUUUCUAAUGGUGUCUUGCAUGUUGUGAAAGGAGUUUCUUCUGGUAAAGAUUCUGAAGUUCUAAACGAAAAGGUUGCAAACACUGAGACUGAAAUUUUCAAACUCCAGGUUGAAAAAGAUUACUUGGAAAAAUGUUUGCAAAAUAAAAAAGCUAUGCAGAAAAGCACAGAUGAAAAGAAAAACUCAAAUAAAGAAAUAAAUGAUGGAAAAAAUCAAAGUAGAAAUGGUCCAGAGAAAUCUCAGCGAGAAGAAAAAAGGGAUGAGAAAGCACAAAUCAGAACAAUAACUUGCAUUUCUGAAAAAGCCAACAAAGCUGCACAUGAUGAAACUGUGGAGCAAAAAGCAGAACCAACAUUUCAUACAGCAAGCAUUCCAGGUGACCAAAACAUGUCUGUCCUACACAAGGAAUUAGAAGGAUAUCCCCAAGAGAACUCUGAACUUAAGAAUGAACAUGGAAAACAUUUAGCAAUCUGUACCUUUGAUGAAGUGAACAGAAGAUGCCUAGAAAAUAACAUUUUUGUGACAGAAGAGAAGGGUAAACAACCUGAGAAUCUAACUGACCAAAUAAAAGUGUGUCUACAAAAAACGGUUGAACUGAAAGAAAAGAGAGAGCAAUGUUUGAAACUGUAUGAACGAGAAGAUGCGGAUAAGUCAUCAUGCAAACAAAUGACUCAUCAGAUAGAGGAAUAUAGUAAAUGCUCUCAAAAACUGUCUUCACUGAAGGAAGAUAAGUAUAUGCAUCCACUGAAUAUAUUGUCUCCUGCACAAGAGAGAAAUUUAUACUUAAAUAAAGGGUUAGCACUAGAGGAAGAAUAUUCUGAACAUGGUCAUUAUCCAUCAGCAGCAAAACAAGAAAACAAUGGAUAUAUCCUGGAAAUAGAUAAGUUAGAGAAGUUAGUGGAUAUAUAUUCUCAAAGAAUAUCUGCACUGAUGAAAGAGAAUGGGAGUUACUCACAGAAACUCCUCAUGUUACAGGAAGAGAAUGAUAGAUAUUAUCAGAAGAUGUGUGCACUAGAAGAGGAGAUAGAUGCAUAUUCUCGAAACAUAUUAACAGUACAUGAAAUUGAUGUUGACUCUUCCCAAAAGUUAUUAGCCAAGGAGGAAAUAUAUGGUAACUGUUAUAACAGUGUUUCAAAAGAAAAGAACUUUAGGUGCCCAGGAGCGAUUUGUGUUCUCUUGGGUGAAACUGAAAUACUUUCCAAGAACGUCUCUCACCUGGUUAAAGAGGGAGAUAGAAAUUCUGAAAAAGAAAUACCAGUGAUGGAAUCAAAUAAAUUUCUCAAGAAAAUUGUAGCUCUUGAUGAAAAGAAGAUUAAAUAUUUCCAGCUGCUUUCUGGUCUCAAAGAGGAGAGAAAUAGCUUUUUCAGAGAAAUAGCUAAACUCUUACAAGACAAAGAAAAAUAUAUAAAGAAAACUCAUGAACUGGAAGAAGAGAGAGAGAGAAAUUUACAGAUAAUAUCUCAACUAGAAGGAGACAAAGAAACUUUAUUGGGAAGUUUGAGUGAGCUGAAAUGUGAACAAGAUAAAUACAUGACAAUGAUUUCUGAAGUGAAUGAGUGCAAAACCAAAUGCUACCAAACAAUUUCUGAUCUACAAGAGGAAAAACAUAUAUUGAAAAAUGAUAUAGAUAGAGUCCACAGGGAAAGUUCUGAACAGCUUCUAGAAUCUCAGAAAGUAAUUGAGAACAUUCUUCAAGAAAACAAUGAAUUGAAGGAAAUAAUGUCUGCUCUUGGAAUCAGCUAUGAAGAGCUGAUAAAAGAUAAAAUUUCUGGAAUGGAAGAAAAGUUGCUAAGAUUGAAGCAAGAAAAUAAGAGUCUACCACAUAGAAUGCAAGCAAAGGAAACAGAGAUGGCUUCUGGUAAAAUACAGACUAAAGAAAAAGGAAUUCAAGUUAUAGAACACUCAAACUGUCUCACUAGAAAAGAUAAAGAAAUCUGUUUGGAAGAGGAUAUUGGUAGCGUUAAACGAUAUUGUCAAGUGGGAUGUUCUAAAAACACUGAGACUUCUAAGUGCCAUUUUAGUAAGGUUGGGAUAAGUGCAUUUUUGGGUGAUCAAAACAUUAUGAUCUCCAGGGUGCUGCAAAAGACUUCUGAGAGACCGGAGGUGGCAAAGUUAGCUUUUGAAACAGAAGACAAAAUAUCAAGCAACAGUUUUUCUGAAUGUUGUGUUAAAGUGCUGGAGAAUAUGGAGCAAGAGUCUGCAAAGGGGAGCACAUUUGAAAGCUACAGCGCAAUGCAAGAACAACUGGAAAGGUCAAAGGAAGAACUAAAAAUACAACAAAGGGAAUUAGAAAAGGCCAAAAAAGAGGCUCAGAAGUGGUACCGAGAACUUGGCUCUGUAGAAGCAAGAUAUGAAGAGGUCAGAACUCAGUUGACACAAACACUCUCUGAAUUACAUCAACUUAAACUGGCAGAUGGCGGGGAAAGGCUUAGAAAGCAGUGCUGCCAAUUAAUGAAGGAAGCCGAAGAACUGAAAGUGGAUAGGCUAGCCGAUAAGAGAUUAGAACAGCAAGUGCUGACCCUGAAAUACCAACUAAGAGACCAGACUGUAUUACAAAGUCAGUUUCAAGACUUGCAAAACCAAGUGGAAUGCCUUCAGGCUCAGCUGUGUGAAAAGACUGAGGAACUUCAGAAAAGAAAGACUGAAACUGACCUGACAGUAGCUCCGCUCAAGGCUAAGCUGGCUUGCCUUGUCCGGAAAUGCCACGAAAGAAACAGCUUGAUUACCCAGCUGGUCAGGGAAUUUCGCAGGCAUGGAAUUAUGGAUUCCAUUUUCAAUGAAGAGGCAAGGAAUUUGGUGAAUGACAUGGUGCUUGCAGAGUACACUACCACCUUUCCAUCUGUAUGCAAUCGAGAGAGACGAUCCCAGCAAUUUGUAAUGCCUGAGAAGACAGCACACAGACGAGCAUCACAGACUGUUAUGCCUACUGGGGAAGACAGUGAUUUGCAUCUGAGUGGGUCAUUACAUUCUAGAACCUGCACCGCUACUGCUGACUUUCAUCUGCCACCAGAGAUGCCUCAAACUGUGCUUCCUGUAUUACUGCAUCCUGUUGUAGACACUUCACAGGUCAAUGAACUGCCAAAUAAUCAUGGGACCUACCAGGCUGAAGCGAAUGAGAAGGCAAGGCCAAUUCCUGCAAGCUUUCUACAGAAGUCAGAUGACAUCUGCUGUGCUCACACAACUCAAAACAAGUGCACUACUUCUCCUUUAAAAUUAACAUGCCCAGAGAGGAUCAUAGCCUUGCAUCGAGAGCUUAGACAAAACCAUCGCAGUAAUUACCAGAUCCCUUCAUUUGCCUCUUCCAAUUCAAAACUGAAGGCGGAUUGCAAUUUGUCCUCAGGCUGUCGUCCAGCCCAAGAUGUGACAUCCCAGCCUGUAGUGUCAAAAAUGAACAAUUCACUGAAACUUUCAGACAGGAGCUCUUUCCAUCUCAUAAAUGGGAGGUACCAGUUGUCUAAAUUUGAUGACGUAUUCCACAGUCAUCCAGGAAAUCAGCAUGCAGGCGCUGUUCUCCAGGGAAGAAAGAAAAAUGUCAUUAUGAAUAACACAUGCAUCUUGGGAGAAAAACCAGAUGGUUCAACCUCAGCUACCACAGCAAAAAGCUAUUUGUCAGAUGUGUUGUCAGCAAGUAAUAAAGGUCAAAAUCCUACUGGAGAGAAAUCAGCUUCACUGGAAAGAGUAAAAGCCUCAGAAAUAAAACAAGGACCUCCUGCUCCAGUUGGUUCGGUCUAUAUUAUUAAAGCAGUGGGAAAUAGCAGCAUGAUGAUUGGCUGGCAGAGACCCGUAGUAGAUGAAUUAGGAUGUAGCAAUGGAACUUUCAUUACAGGAUACAGGAUAUAUACAGAUGGGGAAUUUCACAAAUAUGUUAUGAGUUCAGCCUGCACUAAGACUAUUUUAGAAAAUCUGGAUCUUUCUGUGCCAUUUCAAAUCAGCGUUCAGACUGUUGGUUCUUCUGGUUUGGUUUCUGAGAAGAUGAAUGUUCAAUUUAGUUGUCCUUUAACGAAAAAGGAAGCUUCAUCAUUUGCCUCUAGUGAUUUCCCUGAAGACGAAAAGCCUGAUGCCAGCUCCUAUGAGGUGAAUGGAAGGCAAGGUGUAGCUCCAUUGUCUUCCUUGAAGAAAUUAAUUUUGGAUGACCAAAGAAACUAAAGAAAAUACAGUGAAGGUACAGCACCCAAG